UUUAGAACUGUUGUAAACAAAUUUAAUGCCGGUGUUAGUAAUUUAAAGGACGAAAUAAUUUUUUUAAAGUUUCUUGAUUGAAAAUCUUUGUCAAAAUGGAUGGAAAAGAUCUUUGUUUGUUUGAUAUCGAUGGGACCUUGACUCUUUCUCGCCAACCAAUUGAUCCAGAUAUGAAAGCUUUUUUGACAGAACUACAUAAAAAAGUUGCCAUUGGCUUGGUUGGAGGAUCAGAUUUAAAAAAAAUUCAGGAACAAAUGUUGGACCCACAGCUGGAAAAGGCGUAUGAUUAUGUUUUUGCCCAGAAUGGACUUGUUGCAUUCAGGGACGGAAAACUUGUUGGGAAAGAGAGUAUUCUUGAACAUAUGGGAGAAGAAAAGUUGCAGCCUUUCAUUAAUUUUUGCUUAGCAUAUAUGUCAAAAUUACAUCUGCCUGCAAAACGAGGCAAUUUCGUAGAAUUCCGAUCAGGUCUUAUUAAUAUAUGUCCUGUUGGGAGAUCUUGUACACAAAAAGAACGAGAAGAAUUUGCUGCUUAUGAUAAAGUGCAUAAAAUCCGAGAAAAAUUUAUUGAGGCUGUUCAAAAGGAAUUUCCUGAUCUAGGCUUGACUUAUACUAUAGGUGGACAAAUAAGCUUUGAUUGUUUCCCCACUGGUUGGGAUAAGACAUUUUGCUUGAAGCAUAUAGAUAGAGAUGCCUUUAAAAACAUUCAUUUUUUUGGAGACAAAACAUUCCCAGGAGGAAACGACUAUGAACUAUUCAGCCAUGAAGCUGUCAUAGGUCAUACUGUAACUAGUCCAGAGAAUACGAUGGAGCAAUUGAAACAAAUGUAUUUUAAUUAAAUGUUCAUAUGUGUUUGUAAUUUUUAUUGUGUGUAAAUAAAUCCAUUUAGUUAUUC